AUGGCUAUGGCCGGAGCUUACAAUGCGAGCUUACCAGGAGUUCCUGAUUGGCUCAACAAAGGAGACAACGCGUGGCAGCUCACGGCGGCGACUCUGGUCGGAUUACAGAGCAUGCCUGGUCUUGUAAUCCUCUACGCUUCAAUCGUCAAGAAGAAAUGGGCAGUGAAUUCAGCUUUUAUGGCGCUUUACGCUUUCGCUGCCGUUCUCCUCUGUUGGGUCCUCCUCUGUUACAAAAUGGCUUUCGGAGAUGAGCUUUUGCCCUUUUGGGGUAAAGGCGGUCCUGCUUUCGACCAAGGAUACCUCAAGAGCAGAGCAAAGAUCCCGGAAAGCGCGAGGUAUUUUAGGAACGGGACGUUGGAAAGCAUCACGGAGCCGUUUUUUCCGAUGGCGACUUUGGUGUAUUUUCAGUUCACGUUUGCGGCGAUAACGCUGGUACUUGUUGCCGGAUCAGUGUUGGGGAGGAUGAAUAUUAAAGCGUGGAUGGCUUUUGUGCCAUUGUGGUUGAUCUUUAGCUACACUGUUGGAGCUUAUAGUCUAUGGGGUGGAGGGUUCUUGUAUCAUUGGGGUGUCAUUGAUUAUUCCGGCGGUUAUGUUAUUCAUCUCUCCUCCGGAGUUGCGGGUUUUGUCGCCGCUUAUUGGGUGGGACCUAGACCACUGGCGGACAGAGAGAGAUUCCCACCUAACAAUGUUCUUCUAAUGCUUGCCGGAGCUGGUCUUCUAUGGAUGGGUUGGUCCGGUUUUAACGGCGGAGCUCCUUACGCCGCCAACUUAACCUCCUCAAUCGCGGUGCUUAACACCAACCUUUCUGCGGCCACAAGCCUCCUCGUGUGGACCUCACUCGAUGUCAUCUUCUUUGGUAAACCUUCCGUCAUCGGAGCCAUUCAAGGCAUGGUUACGGGUCUCGCCGGCGUCACUCCCGGAGCAGGAUUGAUCCAAACAUGGGCAGCUAUAAUAGUUGGCAUAUUCUCCGGAUCAGUUCCAUGGGCCUCUAUGAUGAUCCKUCACAAGAAAUCCGCUCUCCUUCAAAAGGUAGAUGAUACAUUAGCGGUAUUCUACACGCACGCGGUGGCAGGAUUACUAGGUGGAAUAAUGACAGGUUUGUUUGCACAUCCUGAUCUUUGCGUCUUGACACUUCCUGUCCCAAACACCAAUGGAGCUUUCUAUGGCGGUAAUGGCGGCAAACAGCUAUUGAAACAGUUGGCCGGAGCUGCUUUCGUUGCUGGUUGGAAUGUGAUUUCGACCACUCUCAUACUUCUUGCUAUCAAGAUGUUUAUACCAUUGAGAAUGGCUGAGGAAGAGCUUGGGAUUGGUGAUGACGCGGCUCACGGGGAAGAAGCUUAUGCUCUUUGGGGAGAUGGAGAGAAGUUCGAUGCCACGAGACAUGCCACGCAGUUGCAACAGUUUGAGAGAGAUCAAGAAGCUGCUCAUCCUUCUUAUGUUCAUGGUGCUAGAGGAGUUACCAUUGUUUUGUGA